UUUUUUCUAGAAUGCAUAUUGUUCAAUGGAAAUGUGGCUAUUUCCGUUUUGAUUGCCGAAGAGCUUGAUUGUAUUUUUCUUGUAUUGGAUAUAGUUGGGGAAAAAGUGAUAUUAUUAAAAUAAAGUUAAUAAUUAGUGGAUUUAUCUAACAGACCAAAAGGAAUUAUACGAAACACACCCAGGCAAUUAUGGUCGGCUCAAGAGUUUACGUCGGUGGUUUGCCGUAUGGAGUUCGUGAAAGAGAUUUGGAGCGGUUUUUUAAAGGUUAUGGACGAACGCGAGAUAUUUUAAUCAAAAAUGGAUAUGGCUUCGUGGAAUUCGAAGAUUACAGAGAUGCAGAUGAUGCAGUGUACGAAUUAAAUGGGAAAGAAUUAUUAGGAGAAAGAGUUGUUGUGGAACCGGCAAGAGGUACAGCUCGUGGCAGUCAUAGAGACCGAUAUGACGAUCGAUAUGGUGGGCGCCGCGGUGGUGGUGGUCGUUAUAAUGACAAAUCAUCCUCUCGUUAUGGGCCACCGUUACGAACAGAGUACCGUCUAAUUGUGGAGAAUUUAUCGAGCCGCGUUAGUUGGCAGAAAUGCCACUAAUGGGUUGACAGAUCAUCACCUUGGUUGAAAGAUGAAGCUAAGAAACUUUAUUUGAGAAGAAUUCUGUGAACUGUUUAUGAGUACAAGUGCAAUCAACCCGCUUGGCUGCUCACUUGAAAACUCAUGCGACCUUCCUCAUUUUAAGGCGGGAAAGGCGGCCAAUGAAGUGUGAAAGAUAUAUAAGGACUCAUCCUAAUUGCUAAAAUCGCUUACAAUUCCAAUUAUGAAAAGAGACUGAACUCUGGCAUGAAGGCACACAAAAUUCCAUUCUUGGAGGUAGAUUGUUAACAUUCAUCCGGUUCCUGAGAUGAUCAUGAUGUUGUUUCUUAAAUGCGACCGAAUGCAAAAUCGAAUUUGGGAAUAAUUCGCUUGUAAUAUGAUUAUUGGGCUUCGAUCAUGGAAAAUAAACAACCAAUCGUUAAAAAGUGUUUAGCCAGGACGUUGGAACGCUAUGAGAUAGGGUUAAAAAACAUCUUUACUAUAAAAAAAAAUGGUGCAAGAAUCAUGACAGAGCAACCUAACGAUAAUAAACGCACAUGAGCUGAAGAAGCGGACACUAAACGCAAUUAUUCGAUUUAUCAUUUUCUUCUGCCUGUGCAAUUGUAUAGUUCGAUGUCUGAUGCAUAUGACAGAUUUAAAUGUACAAACUGAAUGCGCUCGUUUUUUUUAAAUUAGGUACAUAUAUUAAGAAAGUAAAAUGUAUUAAAAAUCAUUUAAUUUUAGAAUUGUCGAAUUCCUUAUAGCGAAUAGCGAUUGCAAUAAGAUCACAGAGUGUCGUACCAACGUAGAGCCUGUCGGACAAACCUUCCUAACGAUUGCGAUUACGAAUGGUGUGCGAGUGGUGCCUUGAGGCUUCUAAUGCUCUUAAUGACGCUUCUGACGGCUUCAGUAAAGGUGCUCCCAGGCUUUCAUAUGCUCUGACUGGCUCUGGCUUUUGUAUCUGUUCCCUGUCCAAAAAUAAGCGACGUGCAAAAGAUGUCCUAUAACUGGUCUACUGCUUAGGUGGUACUUGAUGUAGAACAUCGAUGUCGUCGACUGAACCGUAUCUAGCCGGCCUACCAAUAGUUCUUUCUGGUGAUGAGGGACCGUAGAAAAUAUCAGCAAACCAACAUGUCAAACCUAAUGCGAUGUUGAGGGUGGUGGCAGUCCAGAGAGUACAUCAUCAAACCUCCAUUCCGGAGGUCUGAACUCAUUAUCCCUUUAUUUACAGUAGAAGAAACAUUAUUUCAGAAAAAAGCAUAACUGGUUUCCGAUGUCUUAUGGCGGCCUUAAUCUAAACCACUUAUAGAUUGGGUUCUCUUGUUCACAUGAGCAACAACGCAACGAGGCACACUUAAAAAAUUACUACCGGAGGUCUUUUUUUAUAGCGAGUAAUACACUUGAGUGACGUACAUAUGUGCUUGCAGAGUCAGUGUUCAGAUGCUUCUCUUCAAGAAGUACUAAUGAUUCGACUAAACCGUUAUCGUCCGCAUAGUGAAACUAGAGUUAUCUUUGCGACCCACCAUGUCUACGUGAGAUAUGCGUGCGAAAUUUCACGAAAGAUGGUAGACGAGGUGCAUGUAUUUACGUAUUCGUUGGAUAUACCUAAUUAACCGACUUGAGUUUUCGACUUGCACGUUUGAAUAGUGCCAAUUUGCCGAGAUUUUAAAUUUGAAAAAAAUUUCGAACACACAUCUGAGGGUCCUAUACGCCAC